GGGGAAAAAAAGAGAGGACUGGUGUGCAAAACCCUAGCACAGUCGCACCCCAUGGCGAUGUUCAUCUCCGGCCGCGUCGGCGGCGAUGCAUGCGCGCUCCUCGCGCCGUCCGCGUCCUCCCUGCCCCCGCCGCUCCGUCGCACCGCCAGCUCCAAGGUGCACUUUUGUGCUAUUCCUCAUGGAGCUUCUAGUAACCUCAUGCUUAUACCUAGGCGGCUAUGCAUUGAGCGUCAACUCUGUUCUCAGAGCUCCACCCAGACAUAUGCUCUUUCAAGGAAGGAUUUUUCUCCAAUAACUCAAGACGUGGAAAGCUUCCUUCACAAUGUUGUUAACAUGGGAUUUCUGGACCGUCUGAAAUUAGCGUGGAAGAUAAUCUUUCCUGCACCAACCAUAAAGGAGAACUCCAAUGCAAACAUCGCAAAACAGAGGCUUAAGAUGAUUCUGUUCUCUGACAGGUGCGAAGUCAGUGACGAAGCAAAGAAAAAGAUUGUGGAGAACGUUGUUGAGGCCCUAUCUGAAUUUGUCGAGAUAGAAUCACGGGAUAAUGUCCAAGUUGAUAUCUCAACCGAUGCGGGCCUUGGCACUGUGUAUUCUGUGACAGUUCCCGUGCGCCGUGUGAAGCCUGAGUACCAGGAAUCUGAAGAGCAGUACAGGGGGAAAAUCGUUGGUGUCGACUUCAAGGAUACUGGAGAGUCAUCAGGUAACGUCGACGUCACCUUCGACUUCUUUGUACCCAAUGAGAACUGCUGAUUCAUUGUACUCCACCAGAGUGUGCUCCACUAUGUUUUCCUUUGUUUGAUGUGCUCGUGAACCCUUUGCAUAGAAAGCUAGAAUAUUCUCCAGCAUGAUGUAAAUAUCUAGGAUUCCUUUUCAUUCCAUAAUUUUGUAACUUGAUUCUGGAAUUUUGUUGUAGAGCUGGCAGACAUCUGUAACGCCAUGUUCUUUGAAAAAAAUUCUGUUUUGUUUAUGCCGAA